GGAGGUGUGCCUGGGCGUUGCGCUCGCCCGGGCUCCUUCCGCGGCUCACAUCCCCGCUGACUCUCGGGCCUCGCGCUCAGCUGCCGGCGGAGGAUGGUCCUUUAGAGCAGCAGAAGGAGCGGGGAAGAGGCGAUGGCUACUCGGUUGCCAGGUUUGCAGAGCGGCGCUGGCAGGGUGGCGCCGGAGCGCCGGGCACUCUCGGCGGUGCACGGCGGCCUGGGGGAGCUCUCCUUCGCCUCCUGGAUGCCUCCCACCCGGGUGCCCGUCAAAGAAGACAGGAGAAUGGAGACAGAACUUGAUGUACUGAAAAUCUCCUCCAUCCCAAACCCUUUCCCAGAGCUUUGCUGCCCUCAGUUACCGUCUGUUUUGUCCACCAACCUAUUGCCCAAGGCAAAUGUGCGCAUCAAACAGGUAGUUAAAGUAUAUAGCGAGGAUGAAACUUGCAGAACUUUGGAAGUACCGAGUGAUUUAAUAGCAAGAGAUUUGUGCCAGCUGCUCAUAUUGAAGAACCAUUAUGUUGAUGAUCACAGCUGGACCUUAUUUGAAAACCUCACUUGCUUGGGUUUAGAAAGAAUAAUAGAAGACCACGAAGUGGUGAUUGAGGUUCAGUCAAAAUGGGGGAUUGAAGAAGGCAAUAGAUUUUAUUUUAGAAAAAAUUAUGCUAAAUAUGAAUUCUUCAAAAACCCUGUGAAUUUUUUCCCGGAGCAUCUGGUGUCCUUCUGCAAUGAGAUCAGUGGAGAUGUGAGCCACGCACAGAUCCUGCAGAUGUUUUUAAGUGGCAGUGGGUAUCCCGAAAUCCACAGUUAUUUAUAUGCUAAAGAACGAGGGAAAAAAACCUGGAAAAAGAUGUACUUUUUGUUGCGGAGCUCUGGUCUGUAUUAUUCCAUCAAGGGGAUGUCAAAGGAGCCGAGGCACUUGCAACUAUUCAGUGAAUUCAGCAGUAGUGAUGUGUAUAUGUCUUUGACAGGCAAAAAGAUACCCGGAGCGCCAGUCAGCUAUGGGUUCUGCUUUAAGCCUCACAAAGCAGGAGCUGCCGGAGACCUGAAACGGCUUUAUGCAGACAGCGAGCAGAAAAGGACCUGCUGGGUGACGGCGAUUCGUUUGUGGAAGCAUGGAAUGCAACUGUAUCAGAAUUACAUGCAACCGUAUCACGGUAGAGGUGGCUGCGGUUCUCUUAAUACACCUACGAGAAGCGUUUCAGAGAAUUCUCUUGUGGCCAUGGACUUCACAGGACAUAAAUCCAGAGUUAUUGAAAACCCCUCAGAAGCUCUGUCAGUUGCAGUUGAAGAAGGAUUAGCAUGGCGGAAAAAAGGCUGUUUACGACUUUGUAGCCCCUCCACUUUGCAAAAUGCCCCAUCAAACAUAGCCAUACACAGUUCUCAGCCGUGGUUUCACCACAAGAUCUCUAGAGAGGAGGCUCAUCAGCUGAUUCUGAGGCAAGGACUGGUGGAUGGAGUUUUCUUGGUACGGGAUAGCCAAAGUAACCCCAAAACCUUUGUGCUGUCAUUGAGCCAUGGAUUAAAAAUCAAGCACUUCCAAAUUGUGCCAUUGGAUGAGGAUGGCAAACUAUUUUAUACACUGGAUGAUGGUCACACCAGAUUCUCUGAUCUUAUUCAGCUAGUGGAAUUCUACCAGCUCAAUAAAGGCUUUCUUCCUUGCAGGUUAAAACAUUAUUGUGCCCAGAUUGCACUUUAAUUGAAAUGGCAACGUCUCGCCAAAGCCUCCUAGAAUUUAAAGGUAGAAUGCAUUUUUUUAAAAUAACAGUCUCUUAAAUGAAGGGACUAUAAAGUCAAUGCACUUGGUGAAUGUCAGAUUUUGGCUUAAAAAAGCAGAGUUUGUGUGUGUCACAGAAAAACAAAGAAUCUGCUACUUCUGGGUUAGAAUCGACUAAUCAAUGGUGAUCUUCCAAAAAUCUCAAAAAUAAAUUAUGUAAUGGUGUAUAAUGCUGCAUUCUUAGGAAAUAUUUUUUCAAAUAAAUGUUUUUUUCCCCUC